UUUACGUGGGUUCGAUCUCUUAGCGUGCUUAGAAUUUGGGGUGUACCAUUUGUAACCCCCAUGAAACCCGCUCCAAGACUCUCCUCCAGAUGCUCGUUAAAAUGAGAAACAGACACAAAAUUGCAAGAACAUAAUUACAAAAUUCAAUUGGGACAUUUUCUUAUGAAAAGAAAAUUUGGGCAAGAAAAAAAAAUUUUUUUAGAUUAGAUAGCAGAUAGACAGAUAUUAAGUUGCAUAUGGCCCACAUAUAUGUCAGUCAGUGUGUAGUAGAUUUUUUACAGAAGAGGUCGAAACACGUGUCCAAUCAUGGCCAGCAUACACAGGAGAAUGCUUGGUGCUGACUACACUCUCUCUUUGUAUCCGUUCACGUGGCGAACAUGAAAAAGCUCCUCUGGCUUCUAGGCCGCUCUCGAAAGUCGUAACCCAGAAAGCGUUGAGAAUACACUACUCUCUUUAACUUGCACACACUCAAAGAGAAAAAAAAGCUCUUUCUCUAACCUCUAUUAAGAUUCUAUUAUUCCUUUUUUCUCUCUUUUUUUUUUUUGGGGUUCGAUUUGUACGAUACUUUGCUUGCACAGCGAUGAAAAUAUCAGAGAUGCUACGGACCCAGCAUUUCUGCGAAUCCAAUGCCACUAAGUUACCUUUGUUUGCAUCAUCUUUGUCAAACUGCUAUAAUGGUAGUACUUCAUGUACCGUAGCUUCUUCUCGUGUACUGGAUAUGGGAUUCAAGUUGAGUAAACAAGCAUCGGGUAGCAAUCAGCAAUGUUGUUUCAGAAAGACAGGGGAUCGUAUCAGGCAUAGGAUAAUGAAUGUGUUUGGUCGUCGUGCUCACGAACGUGUACUCGAGGAAGAAGCCCCUCAAGUUUCGGAGACUGGGCCAUCAUGGAAAAUUUUUCCAGGUCAGGCAGUUCCCCUGGGUGUAUCAGAAGUUGAUACUGGAAUCAAUUUUGCCAUCUUUUCACAGCAUGCGACCUCCGUAACACUUUGCUUAUCACUUCCUGACAGGGAAAAGACUGGUGGGCCAGAUGGUGGAAUGGUGGAGUUGGCUUUGGAUCCUCAGAUGAAUAAAACAGGAGAUAUCUGGCACAUUUGUAUCAAGGAUUUGCCUCGUAGCAAUGUUCAGUAUGGUUAUCGCUUUGAUGGUCCACGGGAUUGGAAUCAGGGGCAUCGUUUUGACAGCAGCAUUGUGCUUAUAGAUCCUUAUGCAAAGCUAGUUGAAGGUCGCAGAUAUUUUGGAGAUGCCAACUACAAGUUUUCUAAAUUUCUUGGAACUUAUGAUUUUGAUAGCUUACCUUUUGAUUGGGGAGACAGCUACAAGCUUCCAAAUAUACCUGAGAAAGAUCUUGUUAUAUAUGAAAUGAAUGUUCGUGCAUUUACAGCUGAUGAAUCCAGUGGGCUCGAACCAGAUAUCCGUGGUAGCUACCUUGGUGUGAUUGAUAUGAUUCCACACCUUCUAGAGCUUGGGGUCAAUGCCAUAGAGUUGCUGCCAGUCUUUGAGUUUGAUGAGAUGGAGUUUCAGAGGCGCCCAAAUCCUAGAGAUCACAUGAUAAAUACAUGGGGUUACUCGACAAUCAACUUCUUUGCUCCUAUGAGUCGCUAUGCUAGUGCUGGUGGAGGUCCCCUUAAAGCUUCCAAAGAAUUUAAAGAAAUGGUUAAAGCCUUGCAUGGUGCUGGAAUAGAGGUCAUUUUGGAUGUUGUCUAUAAUCAUACUAAUGAGGCUGAUGAUGCCAAUCCUUAUACUACUUCAUUUCGUGGUAUUGACAAUAAGGUUUAUUACAUGCUAGACCCAAAUAACAAAGGCCAAUUGCUGAACUUCUCUGGCUGUGGGAACACAUUAAACUGUAAUCAUCCUGUGGUCAUGGAGCUCAUUCUCGACAGUUUAAGACAUUGGGUUGUUGAGUAUCAUGUGGAUGGAUUUCGAUUUGACCUUGCUAGUGUCCUUUGUCGGGGAACUGAUGGUAGUCCACUUAAUGCCCCCCCAAUUAUUAGGGCUAUUGCCAAAGAUGCUAUCCUAUCAAGGUGUAAAGUUAUUUCAGAACCUUGGGAUUGUGGUGGCCUUUAUCAAGUUGGAAAAUUUCCAAAUUGGGACAGGUGGGCUGAAUGGAAUGGAAAAUACCGUGAUGACAUAAGAAGAUUUAUAAAGGGUGAUAAGGGUAUGAAGGGGACCCUUGCAACUCGUGUUGCUGGAUCUGCUGACCUUUAUAAUGUGAAUAAGCGCAAACCUUAUCACAGCAUUAAUUUUGUGAUUGCACAUGAUGGCUUCACACUGUAUGAUCUCGUUUCGUAUAACUUCAAGCAUAAUGAUGCUAAUGGAGAAGGUGGAAAUGAUGGAAGCAAUGAUAAUUUGAGUUGGAAUUGUGGUUUUGAAGGAGAAACUGAUGAUGAUACUAUUAAAGCUAUACGCUCCAGGCAAAUGAAAAAUUUUCAUUUGGUGCUAAUGAUAUCACAGGGAACACCAAUGAUGCUGAUGGGGGAUGAGUAUGCACAUACUCGCUAUGGAAAUAACAAUAGUUAUGGACAUGAUACUGAUAUUAACCAUUUCCAGUGGGGAUUGUUGGAGACACGUAAAGGUAAUCACUUCAGGUUCUUUAAAGAGGUGAUAAAAUUUCGACGAGCACAUCCUGUAUUCAGUCAUGAAACUUUUCUCAACAAAAAUGAUGUCACUUGGCAUGAAGACAACUGGGACAACUAUGACAGCACAUUUCUUGCAUUUACGCUUCAUGACAGUAAUGGAGAAGAUAUCUAUCUGGCAUUCAAUGCUCAUGACUAUUCUGUUAAGGCCUAUGUACCUCCACCGCCAGUAAAGAGGAAAUGGUUUCGUGUGGUGGACACUAAUCUUAAGUCUCCUAAUGACUUUGUCACUGAUGGAGUCCCGACCACCGGAAGCACCUAUAAAGUGGCCCCCUUUUCCUCAAUUCUUCUGCAAGCGAAGUUGACAUGACUUUAAGAAGAUGGUGGCAGAUGAAUUUCUUAAAUGGAUUGACUAUUCAGAUCUGGCUUAUCUCAUGGUGGAUUCAGUUUCCAUGCAUUACACAAAUGCUGAAAUUGAAGGUGCUAAACUCAAGAUAUUAAUAUCAAAGGUACAGGUGAUAUAUAUAUAUACAUAUUAUAUAUAUAUAUAUAUAUAUAUAUAUGUAUUCUGUAUUUUGGCUACAAAAGGACUUGAGGGCUUGUGCUCAGGAAAGAGUGAAAGUACACCAUUAGUGAAAGUAAUUUCCUUUAAUUAGCAUGUAAUAAGAACACAUAAGGACACAUAAUUCAGAGUUGUAAGAAACUGAAAACUUUGCCUUAGUAAGCCGUUAUCAAAUCAUAUACGGUACCACAUUUCCAUUUCUUUUAUAAUUCCAUUCGACUGUCUUUUCAA